UAAUCAAAUCUGUUAACCCAUUUAUAACUACUGAUAUCUAAAUACUAAUUACGAUUUUUUUUUUUCCUUUUUGUUUUGUUUUGUUUUGGGAUUUUGUGUAUUAAUUUUGGCCAUUAAGUUUUAGAUCCACCGGCGAAAUCACUUGAAAAAAAAAAAAGCCUCAACAUUUUGUUCUCCUCUCAUUGAUUUUGUCUUUGAUCGAACUCUGUAAUAUCUAGCUGUAACACGGAUUCGCGGAAAACUCAUUUGUGUCGAAUUGCUUAAGAUCAACCCUCAGAGAGAGUGUGACGGCGGAAAGAUCUGAAAUUCAGAUCAUCGCUGGUUGUCGGAGAUCUAAAUGCGGUCUGGGAAAAGGCCACAAGGAAUAAAAAGAAGAGCUAAUAGGAAUCGAGCAUCGUCGGAUACGUGAGCUAGAUCAAGAUAGGAGCAGGGGAGGUGAUGUUGUAUGGAUUGGGAUUAGGAUUGGGAUUGGGAUUGGGAUUGGGGGGAGGAAUUAGGGUUGUAUCGGAUUGGAAUCAUCAGGUUAAAGGAGGAGGAGGAUGCAACUUCAGAUAUCGCCAAGCAUGAGAAGCAUCACGAUAUCGAGCAGCAAUGAUUUGAUGAAGAUCAAAGUCGCACCUCGUCACAUCUCUUACCGAACUCUCUUCCACACUAUCUUAAUCCUCGCCUUCCUCUUGCCUUUCGUCUUCAUCGUUACCGCUCUUGUUACCCUUGAAGGUGUCAACAAGUGCUCCUCCAUUGAUUGUUUAGGGAGGCGGUUAGGACCACGUUUUCUUGCUAGGAUAGAUGAUUCAGAGCAGAGACUAGUUAGAGACUUUUACAAAAUUCUAAACGAAGUAAGCACUCCAGAUAUUCCAGAUGGCUUAAAGCUUCCAGCUUCUUUUCGCCAGCUUGUUUCCGAUAUGAAGAACAACCACUACGAUGCCAAAACAUUCUCCCUCGUCCUUCGAGCUAUGAUAGAGAAGUUUGAAAGGGAUACAAGAGAAUCCAAGUUUGCGGAACUUAUGAACAAACACUUUGCAGCAAGUUCGAUUCCUAAAGGAAUCCACUGUCUCUCUUUAAGACUAACCGAUGAGUAUACCUCCAAUGCUCAUGCUCGGAGACAGCUUCCUUCCCCUGAGCUCCUCCCUCUUCUCUCAGACAACGCUUACCACCAUUUUGUUCUAGCUACAGACAACAUCUUGGCUGCUUCGGUUGUGGUCUCAUCAGCUGUUCAAUCAUCUUCUAAACCCGAGAAAAUUGUCUUCCAUGUUAUCACAGACAAGAAAACCUACGCGGGGAUGCAUUCUUGGUUUGCUCUUAACUCCGUUGCUCCUGCGAUCGUUGAAGUCAAAAGCGUUCAUCAGUUUGACUGGCUAACAAGAGAGAAUGUUCCUGUUCUCGAAGCUGUGGAAAGCCAUCACGUUAUCAGAAACUAUUACCAUGGGAAUCAUAUCGCUGGUGCAAACCUCAGCGAAACAACUCCAAGAAGAUUCGCUUCGAAGUUGCAGUCGAGAAGUCCCAAAUACAUAUCUUUGCUCAACCAUCUUAGAAUAUAUCUACCAGAGCUGUUUCCAAACUUGGACAAGGUGGUGUUCUUAGAUGAUGAUAUAGUGAUCCAGCGAGAUCUAUCUCCUCUGUGGGAUAUUGAUCUUCACGGGAAGGUAAAUGGAGCAGUGGAGACUUGUAGAGGAGAAGACGAAUGGGUUAUGUCAAAGCGUUUUAGGACCUACUUCAAUUUCUCUCACCCGCUCAUCUCACAGCAUUUGGAUCCGGAAGAAUGUGCUUGGGCUUAUGGAAUGAAUAUCUUUGAUCUACGGACUUGGAGGAAGACAAACAUCAGAGAAACUUAUCAUUAUUGGCUAAAAGCGAAUCUGAAGUCGAAUCUAACAAUGUGGAAGCUUGGGACAUUGCCUCCGGCUCUGAUUGCAUUCAAAGGGCAUGUUCAGGCAAUAGAUUCGUCUUGGCAUAUGCUUGGGUUAGGAUAUCAGAGCAAGACCAACUUAGAAAACGUGAAGAAAGCUGCAGUGAUUCACUACAAUGGCCAGUCAAAGCCGUGGCUGGAGAUAGGGUUCGAGCACCUGAGGCCAUUCUGGACAAAAUAUGUGAACUACUCAAAUGAUUUCAUUAAGAGUUGUCAUAUCUUGGAAUAGCAAACAGAAAAGCAUUCAGAUGAUCUUGAAGCGACCUGGAGAUUUUUUUCGGAUUUUAGCUGGGGUGAUGAAACCAGUUACAGAGCUGCAGGAGAAAGAUUCAUUCUUCUGUAAAGAUAGAAGGUACCCUUUUGUUGAGAUUCAUUUCGGUUUCGAUUAGAGAUUCCAAAUUCUUGGAUCUGUUACAAGAAAAAAAAAGGUUUAUGGACACACCAGAAGAGGAUUUUUUGGUCAUGAUAGACCAAAAGGAGAGCAACGACAACAACAAGACUGUUACAUUUGUUCCUGAUUUUUUUGACAGUUACUAUUUGAUUUCAUUGGUUGUUACUGUUUAGUGAAUUUAUUAAGAACAUUAUUGCUUUGUUAAGGUCCCAUUUAUGACACCAAUCAUGAGACUUUUCUUGA